UUUUUCUUUUGAGAAAUAACUGGCAGAUUCUAACUAGUGCUACACACCCAAAAUCAAUUAUGGCGUUUCAAGGCUAUCUAGUCUUAGGCCUCCUGGUUCUUCUUGACUUAUUGACUAAUGGCAUUGCUGUUUCACCAAGCCAUGACACUGCUUCACUCAACCGGACCAGUUUUCCAAAAGAUUUUAUUUUUGGGACAGCAUCAGCGGCUUAUCAGUAUGAAGGUGCUGCAAAAGAAGGUGGUAGAGGACCAAGUACAUGGGACAUUUUCACUCAUAGAUAUCCAGGUAAGAUAGCGAAUGGAAGCAAUGGAGACAUAGCUGUUGAUCAAUAUCAUUGCUACAAGGGAGAUGUUCGGAUUAUGAAAAAGAUGGGCUUAGAUGCAUACAGAUUCUCCAUCUCAUGGUCUCGAGUACUGCCAAAAGGAAAACUAUCUGGAGGCGUGAAUAGGGAAGGAAUCAAAUACUACAACAAACUAAUCAAUAGGCUCCUUGCCAGAGGUAUACAGCCCUUUGUGACCCUGUUGCACUUGGAUCCUCCUCAGACACUAGAAGAUGAGUACGGUGGUUUUUUGAGUCCUCAUAUUAUGAAUGAUUUUCGGGAUUAUGCUGAGCUUUGCUUUAAAGAAUUUGGUGAUCGUGUCAAGCAUUGGAUCACACUAAAUGAACCAUUGAGCUACACCAAUGCUGGUUAUGUUAUGGGGACAUCACCUCCAGGCCGGUGUUCUAGUUGGCAACAGUUAAAUUGUACCGGUGGAGAUUCUGGGACAGAACCAUAUUUGGUAUCACAUAAUCAGCUUCUUGCUCAUGCAUCCGCGGUCAAAAUUUACAAGCAAAAGUAUCAGCAAGUACAGAAAGGCAUUAUGGGUAUAUCCCUAAAUACAGACUGGUAUGUGCCAUUUUCUAACGCAAGGCAUGACCAUGAUGCUGCGCUAAGAGCCCUUGAUUUCAAGUUUGGGUGGUUUAUGGAUCCCUUAACCAAUGGUGACUAUCCACAUAGCAUGCGAUCUCUAGUUGGCGACCGAUUACCCAAAUUCACAAAACACCAAUCCAAGCUAGUGAAAGGGUCAUUGGAUUUUCUAGGGCUAAACUACUAUACUGCUAAUUAUGUAGCCGAUGCACUUCACUCCAAAGUUGAACACGCAAGCUAUAUAACAGAUUUAAGAGCUAAUAUUUCUUCAGCUGAGCGCAAUGGGAUCCCUAUCGGUCCAAAGGCUGCUUCAGAAUGGCUCCGUCUCUAUCCAAAAGGAAUUCGAGACCUUCUAUUAUACAUAAAGACAAAGUACCAUGACCCACUAAUUUUCAUUACCGAGAAUGGAACUGAUGAGUUCAAUGAUCCUACAUUAUCGCUUGAGGAAGCCCUAGCAGACAACUAUAGAAUUGAUUAUUUCUAUCGCCAUUUUCAGUAUAUUCAUAGAGCUAUCAAGGAUGGUGUUAAUGUGAAGGGAUAUUUUGCAUGGUCAUUAUUGGACAACUUUGAAUGGAAUUCAGGUUACACCGUUCGGUUUGGCAUCAACUAUGUAGACUACAAAAAUGGAUUGAAAAGACAUCCCAAACUGUCUGCCCUCUGGUUUAAGAAAUUCCUCAAGAAAUAAGAUGAAAAAUUAAUGACUAUGCUCAUUUCUUUUCUAUCAGACCAUCUCCAAAUAUAGACUUGAAGUUCAUUUCUUUUC